AUGUCUCUCUUAUUUCAUCCCAGAAAGCCACACUGAACAAACCUCUCUGCGUCUUGUCGUUUUUAGCUCUCCAUACCAUAUAUAAGCUUUCCCUCUUCUAGGGUUUUUCCAAGCUUAAAGAUGGGUAGCCCCAAAUCGGAAACCAAACAGAGUGUUCCUUGCGAUUUCUGUAGCGAGCAGGUUGCCGUUCUCUACUGCAGAGCUGACUCCGCCAAGCUCUGUCUUUUCUGUGACCAGCAUGUGCACUCGGCCAACCUCUUGUCGCGGAAGCAUCUCCGAUCCCAGAUCUGUGAUAACUGCGGCUCCGAGCCUGUUUCUUUCCGUUGCGGAACCGACAAUUUGGUGCUUUGCCAGGAGUGCGAUUGGGAUGCCCACGGAAGUUGCCCUGUUUCCGCCUCACAUGAUCGGACCCCGAUCGAAGGGUUCUCAGGUUGUCCCUCAGCGCUGGAGCUGGCCUCAAAGUGGGGAUUCGAUCUCGACGAGAAGAAAUUGGAUCACCCGUUGAUUCAGAGCUGGAGCGGUGCUGGGACGCAGGAUUUGGUGAUGCAAAUCGAGCCGUGGGCGUUUAAAUCUUGUGAUGGUAUGAGUUUUCAGGAUUUGAUGGUGCCUAAUGACAAAGCCUUCGUUUAUGGGAAUGUGAAUAGUGUAGAUAUGGUGACUGCCUCGAAGAGGCAUCAGAGUCCUUGCUGUGGGAAAUACAAGCAAGCGAUAUACAAGCAGUUGGUGGGAUUGUUCAAAAGAAAUAUGAUGAAUGGUGACACUGGCGGCGGUGAUGGCGGCGGAGAGAGUAUGAUGCCGGUAACGCCAACCAGGAGUGGUUGGCAGGAGAAUGUGGACACAGUUGAUUUUGGGAAUGGAAAUGACGGAGUUAUUGACGCUGCCGGUGCUGGUUCUACAAUUCCUCAGCAAUCGUUUCAGGAACAGACGCCGUACGCCUCCUUGUUUAUGUUGCCGUCGCAGAUGGAUCUGAAACCCAGUGGUCGCGUGGUUCCUGGGGAUAUAAUGUGGGACAGUAAUGCCAGUACUCAUGGCACUCAGAUAUGGGAUUUUAAUUUAGGACAGUUGAGAACGCAUGAAGAAUCUGACCAAUUGGAAGUUGCAUAUGAUACGAGCAAUGCUGGGUUCACUAUAAAAAAUAUUGGCGAAUUCAUGAAAGAAACUUCAUUGAGUAGCGCAAAAAUGUUGGGAGAUAUGUACCAGAUCAAUUGCCCUAUUACACAUGAUGAUAUGGCAUUAUUUAAUAACAACACAAAUAACCCGACAGCCAGUCAAGGUCCAGAGACAUCUGAAAGCAACAAUCUACCAGUAGCAAAGGCAUCAUCAGAAUCAACUUUUGGUAAGUUGAAAGGGUCUAGCACAUGUAGAGAUAUCCAGUUCAUGGAAGAGAAGAUUCUUGUGAGAGGUGACAGCAUGAGAACAGUGCCAGCAACCAAGGCUGACAUAGAGCUGCUGGCAAAGAACAGAGGCACUGCCAUGCAGCGAUAUAAAGAGAAGAAGAAAACCCGAAGAUAUGAUAAGCACAUACGAUAUGAAUCAAGAAAGGCGAGAGCCGAUACAAGAAAGCGAGUGAAGGGUCGGUUUGUGAAGGCUAGUGAAGCUCUUGAUGGAUGAAAUCCUGCUUAGAUAGAGCUCCUAGCUCUAAUUGUAAAUAGUUUCAACAUUCCUCCCACAGUAAAUGUAAAAUUCAGUAGUCCCUGUUUCUUUGCAUUAUCCCUGCGCAUGCGUUUGAAGCAUGCAACCCCCCCCCCAAAAAAAAAUGCAGUUUCAUUUGAUGUUCUGGCAGUUCUUAAAUCAUAGCAGCACACAUGACGAGGGAGAAGAGCAGGUGGCUUAGGUGAAGGGACUAAUCUUUCACCCAGCUAAUAUCACAGUUAACAUGGUGUAACUUAUCUAUCGAUCAGUAUAAUUAAAUUAUUUUCCUUUUCCCGAGAGAAACAGACUUGAAUAGGUCGAGUUGUUUUUCUUACAUGUAAAAUAAUGUAACCAGGUGAUUGCGCUUGGCCAUUUUUGAUUA